GGCGGCGGCGCGUUCCGGUGCUGAGGUGGCUGGUUGUGGUGGCGCGCAGUGCAGCGCUGAGGCAGGGACCCUUUGUUGCUGUGACCUGCCAGGACCCACGAGAUAAACAGGAAUGGUGUGAAGGAGCUGUGUGUGAGCAGCAGCACUGCCCUGCAAACCUCCCCCCUGCUGAACAAGCAGACCUAUAAGCUCCCCAGUCCAUGAAGGAGGCUGAAGAUGCUGAGCCGUUUGUCAGGUUUGGCAAAUACUGUUCUACAAGAGCUGUCUGGUGAUGGUGGAGAUGCAGUUAUUGAGUCUGAGUCCUCUGACACUGUAGAGCCUUCAGAGCUGGGAGGAGGAGGCAUGGAGGAGGCACCAGAGGACCUGUUGGAACGGUUAGCACAGACUGAGAAGCUGGUUGUCCAGCUGAAGGAUUUGAUCCGAGAGAAGGAUGCCCUGCUCCAGCAAAAGGAAGCUGUGCUCAAGGAGGAACGCGAGGCUGCUGAUGCAAAGCUGAUGAAGCUGAAACUUCAGGCCAAAGCCAAGCUGGCAUCUCUGAACAAACGCAUCGAGGAGCUGACAGAGAAGGGCCCUCUGCUGCCUGCACAGGCCGUGCCAGGGGAGCAAAUGUGUGCUAAGUGUCAGAAUAACCAAAAUGCAAGAGAAGAGCAAAGGGAUGAAGCUGAAGGUCUGGAAGAGCAGCUCAGGGAGCAGGAAGAGACUGUAAGGGGUCUGAAGGAGCAGCUGGCUUUAGCUGAGAUGAACCUGAAAGACACUGAAAUCAAAUAUGCAUCACAGCUGAGCUCGCUGCAGGAAGUAAUUCAGGAGAAGGAAGCUCUCCUCACAGAGCAGGUUCACCAGCACCAAGCUGAAUUGCUGAGAACAGCAGACAAAGCAGCUCAGGAAGCAGAGGUGCAGCAGAACCUGCUUACGCUUCAGAGGAAGCUGGAGGAGCGAGAAGAAGCUCUGCUGGGACAAACACAGGUGGUGGAACUGCUGCAGCAGGAGCUACGUGGGGCUGAACAACAAAACCAGGUGCUCCGAGAUCAGUGCCAGAAGAUGGCAGUGGAUCUGAGCUCUCUGAGAGAUGUGCUGGAUGCAGAGAGAAGAGAAUCUCGGGAUCUCAGAGAGAAGAUGGAGCUGGAAGUGGCCGAGAGGAAGCUGUGCUCCCAUCGCUUGCAGGAGGAGGUGCAGUGUCUUUCAGAGCAGCUGGAAGAGGCACGAGCAGCACAAGCAGAAUUAGAGAGGUACAGAAGCUUGGAGCAGAAACAGCGACUGGAAAUGGAAGAAAAGAAUCUACAGAUCAGUUGUCUUAAGGCAGCUGAACAAGAGCUCCAAUCCAGCUAUGCUGCCCUUGUAGCUGAGAACCAUCAGCUGAAGCAGGAGGUUGGCCAGCUGCUGGUGCUGUCUGCUGAAAGCAGCACAGCAGUGCAGAAUCUACAAGAGAGGUCCCAGCCUGUUCUCCAGGAGCCUCAGCAGGGAGCUGCAAUGGUUGCAGAAAAUUCAGAGAAUGAGAACGGUGGAACUGAGGAGAAAACACAAAACAUGCAGGUUGUGGAAGAUUCAGCCUCUUGCACAGACUGCUCUGCUACGUCUGGAGGUGUGUCAGCAGAGAUGGUGAAUUCUGAAGGGCAAAAGCCUUCUGGUGACGCUUCGGUCCCACCUGAGGCAAGAGCAGAUGGCUCUCCCAAUGGAGGUGAGCAGUUCACUGAAGAAAACUGCCCGUCUGGAAUUGGAGAAUGUCUUGCUGCACAGAAACAGAAAGAGCUGUCUGUUUUGCUGCUGGAACUGAGUAAAGCUCAAGAAGAAAUUGCAUUUCUAAAAGGACAGCUCAAGGACCCAAACAACCAAACUUCUGCUGUUGACCAAGCAGGAGGAGAAGCUAACCAGCUGGAAGAGAAUCCCCAGGCAUGGCUUCUUGAGAGGGAAGAGCAACAGGUGUCAAGCACACAAAAUGAGUUGGACAGUAGCUCAUUACAGAGAGCAACAGAAAUACAGCCAAUUAAUGUGCUUCAGGAAAACAAAACUGAUCUUCAAGAGGUACCCCAAGAGGCCUCUGUUCAUGGCACAGGGGAGAUGGGAGCAACACAGGAAACCUCUGCAGCAUUUCCAGAGCCAGGCACCUCUCAAUCCCAAGAGCUGAUAAAUCUGCAGAACCGAACUGCGGAACUGCAAAUGAUUCUGCAGAAAUCAGAGGAAUCCUACAAGAAAGAUCUGGGAGAAAGAGAUGCAGAAAUAAACAGGUUAAACCAGUUGGCUGAAGAAUACAGGAAGAAGAUGGAGGAUUCUGACAGCUCGUUCUGUGCUUUGGCUGAAGAGAGAGAUCAGCUCCUGUGUCAGAUGAAGAACCUUUCUACCACGACAGAACUGCAGGAGAAAGUGAAGCAGCUGGAGGAAGCUCUAGCUCUUUCUGAAAAGCAGAGGCUGUCAGACAGCCAGAGCAGUCUUCUGAAGGAACAGAUCCAAAGCCUUAAAAAUGAAUUCAAAUCCAAAGAGGUUAAAAUCGAAGCUUUACAGAAAGAUUUGGAUGAAGCGCAACUUCAGCUUUCUGAUCAGGACGUGCAACUAAAAGACAUGCGAAGCCAGAUCCAGAAGAAGGAAUGCGAAGCCCUUGAUCUGGAACAACUGCUGAGGAAAUACAGGGCUGAGAUGGAAGAGCUUUCCCAAAGCUUAGCUUCCAAGGGCCGCGAAGCAGCAGACCUAGAGCAGCUUGUUGCUGAACGUAGCAGGUGCAUAGAGAGCCUGCAACAAACCUUGCUGGAGAAAGAACAGCAGAUGACAGAGAUCAGCAUCAGCAUGUCUGAAAGAAUGGUGCUGCUGAAUGAAGAGAAGUUUUCUCUAGAAACAGAGCUGAAGAGUCUCAAAGAGCAAACAAGUGUCUUAUUAAAAGCCCAGGAGGGAGAAGACCGAAACACAGAAGCGGAAGAUACAUAUCUGAACUGCGAAGUGUCUGAGCAGCAGUAUGAGAAAGUGGCAGAAUGCAGGGAGGGUGAGAUAUCAGCAAAUGAACUUGAGAUUCUGAAACGGGAAAAUGAGCAGGUAAAGCGAAAGCUGCAGGCAGCACUUGUUAACAGGAAGGAGCUCCUGAGGAAGGUCAGCAAACUGGAGGACAAGUUGGCGCAGUUGAAAAUGGAGCCUGAGUCAGAAACCUCAGUGGCUCAAGAAGCUGAAGGGAAAGAGCAUAUGAUGAGUAGGAUAAGCCAAGAAGUGAAUCUGGAAAGCUCACCCAGGGAGGAGCACCUAAUCCAGCUGCUUUCUGAAAAGGAAUCUGAGCUGCUGAGCGUUCGGAAGGAGCUGCUGGAUAAGGAAGCUACUGAAGCACAGUUACAGGCGGUGAUUGAGGAAAUGAAGCAGAGCUGGCAAGAUAAGACAAACGUUGACUCAAUUAAGGCUGAGAUCAUGGGAAGUCAGACAAUUGCUGACAAAUUAACUGAAACCAAUGAAGGUCCAAAAGAUGAUGAAGAAAACAAUGCAGCAGCUACAAAUCUUGAAGAAAACCAGAUGUCUGCUCUGAAAGAGAGAGUUUCAACUCUUGAACAAGAAAAAGAACAACUUCAGAAAAAGCUUCAGGAAGCCCUGGUAUCUCGCAAAGACACUAUAAAAAAGGCUCAAGAAAAAGACAGGCAUCACAGAGAACAGCUCAAACAGCAGAAAGAUGAUUACAACAUCCUUCAAGAGCAAUUUGAUAUGCAAAUGAAAGAGAAGGAAAGCAUCCAAGCUCAGCUCAGGCAACUGCAGGAACAGAGAGGAUCAACAGAGAGCGUUCCUGGGAAUCAAGGCUCUUUGGAUUCUUCAUGCCUGGAAGCAGGAAAUUCUACAAACAGCGAACUUGUGCAAGUCACGGAUGUUUCUGGGGAAGAGUUUAAAGCAGAACUUGAAAAACUGCAGGUGGAGAAGGAGGAGUUGGAAAGUAAGGUUGGCUGUAUGGAAGGUGAAUUGGCUUGCAAAUCAGAAUUAGUCUUUAAUUUGCAACAGCGCAUAGCGCAGUUGUUGGCAGAGGCAGAAGGGCUGACUAGAACCUCUGACCAAGCUGAAGCUGAGGCUGCAAGACUUCGGAGAGAACUGGAGGAAGGUCAAGUGGAAAUUUCUAGGGAAGACAGUUUGGAAGACCUGAAAACACUUAUGCAUCAAAAGGACGAAGAAAUUGAAUUCCUGAACUUGCAGUUGAGGGAGAAAAGUGAAGCUCUUGCUAAUGCAAAGGCACAGCUGCUGGAAAAAGAAGAUUCUGUUAAAAGUCUGUGUAGUCAGAUUGAAGCUCAAGCUCAGGCACAUGAGGAACAGAGCAAGCGACUGCAAACCGAGCUGCUUGAAAUUCAGCACAAGCAAGAUGAUGAUGCAGAAGCAGCCAAACAGAAGAAUCAAAUGCAGAGAAAGUUGCAAGCUGCACUUAUCUCUAGAAAAGAGGCAUUAAAGGAGAGUAAGUCACUGAAAGAGGAAUUGGCAAAUGCCAAAACUACUAUUGAGAAUCUUUGUGUCAAGUUGAAUAAUAUGGAAAGCCAAGUAGGUGGCCAUGUUAAAGAAACAGGUACUUUAACAGAAAAAAUAGCAAGUCUCACUGAAGAGAGAGAAAAACUUAUUGCAGAAGUUAAUAAGGUCCUUGGAGAAAACCAGAAUCUUGAUGGAUGCUGUAAAAACCUGAAGUUGACUCUAGAUGGAGUUCUCCUAGAGAAAGAGAAGCAGGAGAAGGAGAUGGAGUCCUUGAAAUGCCUGCAAGCUGCUGAGAGCGCUGAGUGGCAGGAGAAACACAGGGAGCUUCAGAAAGAGUACGAAACUCUCCUGCAGUCAUAUGAGAAUGUGAGCAAUGAGACUGAGCGGAUUCAGCGUGUUUUGGAAGCCGUGAGGCAGGAAAAGCAGGAGAUUUUCGUGAAGCUGAAAAGUGCUGAAGCGAAAAAAGAAGAGGCGGAUAAGCAGCUGCAGGAAGCUGAACAGGAGAUUGAUGGAAUGAAGGAGAAAAUGAGGAAAUUUGCAAAAUCAAAGCAGCAAAAAAUUCUGGAGCUAGAGGAGGAGAAUGAGAAGCUUAGAGCAGAGAUGCAGCCCACAGGUGGGGACCUGCACAGGACUGACGAUGGAGCUUUCCUUUCAAACGCUAACCUGAAAGAAGAGCUGGAGAGCUCUAGGAGGGAUUAUCAGUCUCUUUCUACUCAGCUAGAGGCUGUAAUGGUUGAAAAGGAGUCUCUUACUCAAGAGAUCACAGACUUAAAGCAUCACUUGCAGUUAACGGAAUCCAAGCUAGAAGAAAGCAGAGAGCUGUUAGACAAGUAUGUUUCCCUGAAGACAACAGAGGAAGAAACAAAUCAGGCAGUUGCUACACCACCCCCAAUAGAGGGGACUGAAAAUCAAGUGGACUUAAGUUUUGGACCAAAGUCUCCUGAUGCAAAGCUGGAACAAAAAGCUUUUGAAGGUAGUAGCCCACCUGAGGAUGUUAAUGCCUAUGUAAAGGAGAUAGCUGAGCUGACAGAGCGAAUCACUGAACUAGAGGAGAAUAGAAGGGCUUCAGAGCAACAGCUGGAUGAUAUCCGCGGGAACGUUGAGGCUUUAGAAGGUGAGAAAAGGGCUUUAGAGACCCAAAUGGAAGCAAAAGUCCUUGAAUUAAAUGUUCUCCAGGACACAGUAGCAAAGAUGGAAGAAACGGUCCAAAACACCAAGGAGGACCUCAUCAGGAUGACAGAACUGAAGGACACUUUAGAGGCUGAGAAGGAUGAUUUGGAGGAAAGGCUCAUGAAUCAGCUGGCAGAACUUAAUGGCAGUAUUGGAAAUUAUCAGCAAGAUGCAACAGACUCCCAGAUUGAAAAUGAACAACUGAAACGUGAGCUUCAGAGUUUGCAGAGAGCAAUACAUGAACUGGAGGAGGAGAAACGUCAGAUGGCAAAGGAGAAAAGUAAAGCAAGUUCAGAAAACCAAAAGGAGUAUUUAGAAAAGUUGAAACGCACUUGGAGGGAGGACAGUAGCACACAUGUAAAGGAGCUUCAGGAGCUGCUGAAGCAGAAGCAGCAGGAGAUUAAGCAGCUGCAGAAGGACUGUAUUAAAAACCAGGAGAAGAUCAGUAGUUUAGAAAGAACUGUUAAGGCUCUAGAAUUUGUCCAGAGUGAGUCUCAGAAAGACUUGGAAGCAGCCAAAGAGACUUUAGCUAAAGCAACAGAAGACACCAAGAAGGCCCAGGCAGAGCUUGCUCACUGCAGAGUAGUGCUGGAUGACACUCAGAGCGAGGCAGCGAGAGUCCUAGCAGAGAGCGUCAAAAUAAAAGAAGAGUUACGGGCAAACAAAGAGAGUACUCUAAUUCAAAUGAAGAAAAAGGAUGAGGACUGUGAGAGAAGACUGGAACGGGAGAAAGACAAGCACUCGAAGGAGAUGAAAAAUAUGGAAGAGAAACUGGCAGCUUUGCAGAGGGAGAAAGACAAGAUGGAAACAACGGUUCGUGAUGUUCGGGGCUCCUUGACAACAAAAGAUCGGGAAGCCAAGGAACUGGAAGGCAGCCUGAACAAAACGCUGGCCCAGCUUGCAGCCUUCACCAGGAGCAUGUCUUCCCUUCAGGAUGACAGGGAUAGAGUGAUAGAUGAAUCCAAAACGUGGGAGAAGAAGUUCACAGAAACGAUUCAAAAGAAGGAGGAAGAAAUACGCUUGAAAGAGGAAACUUGUGUUGUGCUGAGGGACCAGAUGAAGCAGAUGGCUACACAAGUGGAAGAACUUCAGAUUCAUAUAUCCAGGCUGGAAUGCAACAAGAAAGACUGGGAAUCAGAGUCCAGGAGGGAGAUUCAGCAGCAUCAAGAGACAUGUGAAAUGUUGCAGGCAGAAAAAAAAGAGCUUUUAACUCAGCUGGAAGGGUCUCAAAAACUACUCAGUGAGUCCCAGGAUGAACAGCAGAAGCUGGAAUCAGAGAUCCGGAGCCUGAAAGACCAGCUUGCUGACUUGCAGAGUUCCUUUGCCAGAUGUGAACUGGUUAGAGGAGAGUUGGAGAGUAUGGUCAAGCAACAAGAGAACAGCAUCCAGAAUUUUAAAUUCAGCUGUGAACAGCUGGAGGCUGAUCUGCAGGCUUCCAAGGACCUAACAAAUAAGCUGCAUGAAGAAACGAGCGCCAAAGAUCAAAAGAUCGUUAGUUUGCUGUCUGCCAAGGAAGAAGCAGUUACAGCUGCUCUGACCGAAUUACAGCAGCAGCAUUCUGAAGACAUCACACUGUUGGAGCGUAGGCUAAGCAAGGAAGAAGAAGAUAAAAAGGCUUUGGAAAUUGAGAAGAGCAAACUUAACGAUAAACUUGAUCAUCUCACUGAGAAGAUGAAAAUAAUCAGAGAAGAAAGUAAACAGCAGAAGGCACAACUGGACUCCUUCACCAAGUCCAUGUCAUCUCUGCAAGACGACAGAGACCGUAUACUGAGAGAGUACAAACAGCUGGAGGAGCGCCACCUCGUUGUCAUCUUGGACAAAGACCAGAUAAUCCAAGAGGCUGCUGCUGAAAACAACAAGCUGAAGGAGGAAAUCAGAGUUUUUCAUAGCCAGAUGGAUGACCUCAACUCAGAGAACGCCAAGCUGAGCGCAGACCUGGUGAGGUACAGAGAAGAUCUGAACCAAGUAAUUUCAAUUAAGGAUUCCCAACAGAAGCAACUUCUCAAAACUCAGCUUCAGCGAAUCCAAGCUCUGGAAAAGGAGAAGGCAAUCGUGGAAACACAGCUGAAGGAGUCUGAGCGUACGCAGGACGAUCUCAAGAAGAGCAUGGAAGUCUUGGCAGAGGAUAAAGUCAGCAUGUCUCAAGAGGUUGAAACCCUUAAAUCCUCUCUGUCCCGAGCUCAGAGCGAGGUGACAGCAUUAACUGAGGGAAGUCCUGUCAUGGAGUGUCAAGCACAGCUCAAGGCCCAAGAGGAAGAGGCACAAGAGCUGCGUCGUAAGCUUGUGCUCUCACAGCAAAGGAUAACUGAACUUGAGGAGGAGCUAGUAAGUGUUCAGAAGGAUGCAACCAGGAGAGUGGGGGAGGCUGAGGACAGGCUCAAAAAGGAAUUGAAGCACCUGCAUCAUGACGCUGGGAUAAUGAGGAAUGAAACAGAAACAGCGGAAGAGAGAGUAGCAGAGCUGGCACGGGACCUCAUGGAAAUGGAACAGAAAUUUCUUGCAGUCACAGAUGAAAACAAAGAUCUCAGAGCCCAAAUUCAGUCUUUCGGGAAGUCCAUGAGCUCUCUUCAGGAUAGCUGGGACCAGACCAAUGAGGAGCUUCAAGCUUUGAAACAGAAAUAUUCUGCAGACUUAGGGGACCAACAAAAUCUAGUGGAGAAUCUUCAGAAAAAGAUGUUUCAGUUACAAGAGGAGCAAAAUUCCACUGCCCGGGACCGAGAUACACUGAAAUCUGAGCUUACAGAAAUGCAGAAAGCUGCUGAUGAAAGAGGUCUCUUGGCACAGAUUGAGGAUCUGAAGCAGAAGAUCAGAGCCAAAGACGAUGAGCUUCUCCGUUUGUCUUCAGAACUGGAAGGCUCUUCCAACCAAGUCAAAUCUUUCUCCAAGGCUAUGGCAAGCCUGCAGGACGAGAGAGACCGGCUGCUGGAUGAACUGGGCAGAACACGUAAGGUGGAAGAAGUGAGGCAGCAAGCAGAAGGGAGCACUGCCACAACUCCAUCAGAGGUGCUGAGUCUUAAGAAGGCUCUGUCCUCCCUGCAGAACGACAGAGACAGAUUAGUGAGGGAGCUGAAGAAUCUACAGCAGCAAUACAUACAUGUUGGGGUAGAAUCAGCUGAAAACUCUCGCUUGAGGGCACAAGUGCAGGAAUACCAGCAAGAAGCAGAUGAACAGCACCGCCGCCAGGAGCAGCUGGAGCAGGAGUGCAUUUCCUACCAGCAGGAGCUUCAGCAGCUAAGGCAAGAGAAAACUACCUGGGAAGAGCAGAAUGGCAGCAUCAAAGAGCAAUACCUGGUGCUCAUAGCAGAAAAAGAGCAGCAGCUGAGCCACUUGCAGCAGGUCGUGCAAGAAAUGAGGCUGCCCCUCAGCAAGGCUCCAGCUGUAGAGGAGCAGUACCAAAAGAAGAUCAAUCCAGAAGCAGUGAGGGGGGACUUCUCAAGCCCGGAAGCAGAGACCAAACAUCUGAGGGCUCAGCUAAAUGACAGCCUGAAGGAGCUGCACCAAAAAGAGCUCCGAAUUCAGCAGUUAAACAGCAAGCUGUCUCAGGUGUAUGAAGAGAAAAACGCCCUCUCCCUCCAACUGCGCAGUAGCGGCCGAAGCAUCUGUGAGAGUCACCAGCAGUACAGCGAGGUUCUGAGCCGCUGCCUGGUGCUGGAGAAGCAGCUCCAGGAGCUGCAGGCUGCAGACAAGAGCAUGGGGUCGUUUGCAACUGAUGCUGCUCCCGGAGCACCCCAAGAAAAGAAUGAGCCUGGAGGCAGUUACACACCGGAGCUCCAGGAGCUGCAGCUGAGGCUGUCCGAAACUGAGCACUUACAUAGCAGCACGAAGCAAGAUCUGAGAUACCUGGAGGAGCAGCUGGAGGAGGAGCGGGAGCGGCGCGUGGCUGCCGAGGAAGCGCUCUCAGCAGCUCAGGAUCAGAUCAGCAGGUUGGAGUCGAGUGAGUGGACGUCCUCCCUGAGCACCACCAGCAUCAAUAUGGCUCCAGGUCACGAGCAUUCCCUGCUCAUUGACUCCACGGAUAAUGACUUCAGCAAAACUCGGAAUAUCCCUGGGCUGCGGCGCCUGUUACGCUCUCUCUUCCGCUCCCGGACCCACUUGCCCAUGCUGGUGGCCCUGUACCUGCUCGCUCUUCACGUCCUGCUCUUCCUGUGCUUCACAGGCCACCUCUGAGCAGGAACAGCGGCCCUUCCUUGAGCCGCAGCCCUCUGUGGUCCUGGGCCAGCACUCCCCACCCACAGGGCAGCUGAAACGGGCGCUUCACCCACCGCCUUCUUUCCAAGUCCCCUGUGGGCAGCGCUGCCCGGCGGUUGAUGCGUGCGCUGGCUGCUCGCUGUUGGGAUGGGCAGCAGGCAGGGCUGUUGCCCACGGUGUUUCCAGGACAUCUCUCACUUCAUGCCGUGGUUUUAAAUGGUUGAGCAGCACAUCUUCGGAGCUGGGGUCCUCCUGCUGACAAUCACUGUAUCUGUUCCUGUACCCGGAGGGAGCACCGCUCAUUUUACAGAGCAUUUGACAGCGGUAGGAAUGAGUAAAUUCUUCCUGAAUUACUGCAAUUCUUCAGUGCUUCCAGAAAAUGCCAGAUCUUCAUUCACCCUCAUCCUGAGUCCGCUGAGCUCGGGGGGAAGCUCUGGAGCUGUGCACCAGGGAGGGAAGCUCCUUCCCUUCCUCACGUCUCCUGUUUGCUCCGUGGCUCAGCGCUGCUUGAGAUGCAUAUCCUAAGGAAACUGUGGACACUUUAAGGAAUGUGAACUUCACAUUUCCUGCUCAGUUACAUCUACAGUUGAAGUAGGGCCAAAAUGAGUACAUCUGGACCUGCUGAGCACUGCGUUUAAAGACAGCUGUAUGUCUGCUCUGACAGCCUUGUAAAAUAGCUUCAGAAAUGUAAUUAUUGAAUAUGAGGCAAGAGCUUUUUAUCUCUCACUUCAGUAAGCUCUCCAAAGGAGAGCAGCUGUGCUCCCGCUGCGCCAGCUUAAACCCAUAUGGGCUGUGUUGGAGGGUUCCGUCAUGUGGUUCCAGCACAGGGGCCUGAGUCAAAGGCAGAAGAUCCAGAAAUGAAAGGGUUCCCCCAGCACUGGGGAAGGGAAAGGAGUUCUGGGCCUUUGGUGUCACUGCUUAUAGAGAAAUUGUGCAGCGCUGGCGCUGGGCCCUGGGCUGUUCAGACUCUGAGGCAAACUGUGGAUGGAUUUGAUCGCAUGGGAUGCGUGGGAAGCUGUGCUUUCCUAUAGAACUCCUUGCACUGUCGUAGAAUGGGGACGGUCCUCUUCCAAAGGGAGAAUGUUGAAUGCAGGGCUGGUUGAGCUGAGCUUCCUGCUGUUGGCCACAAGCUGCAGUGCACUCAGGGUCCCUGCUGGGAGGGUCCUGGCUGCUUUGUGGCACAGCACUCAGCUUGAGUUUCCCACGUGGGAAGGAGGGGUUCUGAUGCUGCUGGUAGCCCAGCAGUGCCCAGCUGCUGCAGAGCCUCUUUGAAGGUGGGUUGAAUUCAUCACUGUACCUAAAACAAUGGGAUCUCUGGCAGUGUGGGCACUGCAUCUCCCUUUGUGUGCCAUCUGAUGAUCUCUGUGACUUUCUCAGCUGCAUCUGUGACCAAAAACUUUGCCUCUAUCUUCCUGGGGCGUGUGCUCCUGUAUAUAAUAAAGGUUAUUUUUCAGAUGGAA